GUCUAUGCGAACACGUGUUGUAAUGUUUACACAAUUUGUUUACAUUUUGUAUGAAAUAAACAAUAAAUUCAAAUCCAAUCGCAAUCUGUGGUAAACGGGCCGACACUUCGCGGACACAGACAUGAGUGACACCAACUCACAGACAAGACACGCGUCCAACGGUUCCCAAAGCGGCGAUCGGAAGCGACACAAGACUGACGACAUGGAUGUCGGCAUAAACGCCGGUUACCGCCAAUCGCUGGACCAAUUGGUCGACUGGUAUUCCUCCGGAGUUAAGCCCACGACCAUUACUACCACCACCGAUGGACUCAAUGCCGAUGACAUCUGUGUGUUUGACAAACCAUUUAAAGCGAUCUCUUUGGACCACUUCCUCGACAGCCCAGAGUUCUUGACGCGACUCAAGCGUGAGAUCAAUCAAUUGGAUCUAAACGUGAAGAACAACGACUUGUAUCGGUUGAGACAAUCGGUUGACUUGAAUAACAUUAAGUCGGGAACCAUUGGACAGUUGUGUCAACUCUUCGCCAAACACGUGAAGCCAUUCGUCGAAAGACUCACAAACCUAUCACUCAAUGAUAACAUCGCUCUCACUGUCAGCCGAUAUGAACAAAACGACUACCUCUUGUGUCACGACGACGACGACCAGAUCGACGGCCGAAGAGUCGCUUUCAUACUGUAUUUGGUUCCCGACUGGAAGACAAGUGACGGCGGAUUACUUGACUUAUUUGAUGUCAAUCCCAAUGGCGAGCCAUCGGAGAUCGUGGCGUCUGUGGCGCCCAAAUGGAAUCGCUUGGCAUUCUUCGAAGUGAAUCCAAUCACAUGGCAUCAGGUGUCGGAAGUGUUGUCCGACAACAAGAUCCGGCUGAGCGUCAACGGCUGGUUCCACGGGUCGCCACUCGAACGACCGAAACGCUAUAUCGAGCCCGCGUUUAGCACAGAGUCGGCCACAGAAGUGCCUCUGGAUGUGGUGAACGCGUGGAUUAAUCCCAUCUAUUUGGACGACUCGACGCAAAUGGAGAUUCAGUCCCGCUUUGAAGAGUUGUCCGAAAUAGUGUUACAGGACUUCUUCAAUGGCGAUAAGUAUCAAGAGUUGGCCCGAGCUUUGAGUGACAGCGAAGCCAUUGUCUGGAAGUUUAAUUGUCCGCCAAAUAUGAGGCGAUACGAGACGGCACAGGUCUCCAGCUGUCCGGCCAUUGUGUUGGAAGCGUACGAACUCUUUCGCUCCGAAGCCGUAUUCCUAAUCCUGUCGAACCUGACGGGCCUUAAGCUCCACGAGUUGGCCACUAGUUACGGAUCAGAUAGCGAUGACUCCGACGAAGACGAAUCAGGUGAAGAGAACCCCCGCUGCAGAGGAGAGAUCCGUCGGUGGUCUCACUCGUGCUAUACGUUAGUUCACGACAACAGCGCCGAACUGAGCGAAGAGCCGGCGCUGGAUGUGGUCAUACAUUUCAAUUGCGACAAUGAGUUCGAUCGAGAAAAGGGAGGUUUCGUGUCGUAUAUCGCGAGAGGAGAGGACGAAGAGUUGCUGACAAUUGAUCCGUUCAGUAAUAAUCUAAAUAUCGUCUACAGAGAUAAGAAGACCACCCGUUUUGUCAAANGUCCGUCAGUCCUCGAGCGGAAAGGUGUCAAACCUUUAACCGAUAACAGAAGGCAUUCCCACACUAUUCCUCCCAUUCUCUUAGGGUUUAGGCAAACAACUCAUUGA